GCCAAGAACUAUUUGCCUACUUGGCAAUCAGUCUCUCGUCCGUCGUCAAACUGCUCCAUUUUAUUUAUUUAUAAUAAGCCACCUUCAUCGGUGGACGACUCGAACUCGAACUCGAACUCGAACUCAGUCGCAGAAAAUGGAAGCCGAUGACGAUCAUCGCCGCGCCGACCGAGAAACUGUAGAAGAGCGAGAAGAAGCAGAAGAAGAAGAAGAAGAAGCAGAAGAAGAAGAGAAGCACCCGAUUCCCACUGCAUCUCCGCCCUCUUCGUCCCGCUCCGAACCCAACCCCGCAGCCACGCCGCCCCGCCCCGGAGGCGGCGAGCUGCCGUCCCCGAUGACGUCGCCGCUCCACCGGAUCGAUUCGCCCUACAACUCGUCCCUCUGCUCCGACCAGAGCCCCCUCAGCCGCUUAUCCUCCCCGCGGGACGACGCCCCAGCCCGUUCGCCCCCGCCCGUGGCCGCCCCCGCCGCGAGCCCCGACCCUCCGCCGCUCUCGCUGGCGGCGCCGGUGGCGGCGGUCUCCGUGAAGCGGUCGGUGAGGGACGGCCCGGGCCCGCUGACCGUGGUGGAUCCGGGCGCCGAGAGCGCCCAGGUCAAGCAAGAAGGCGGCGCCGGCGCCGGAGCUGGCAUCGGCGCCGAUGGCGGCGGCGGCGGCGGAGGAGGAGGAGGAGGAGUAGGAGGAGGCGGCGGGAGUGGAAGGUUGAGGCCGAGCCUGUCGAUACUGAGGAGGGUGAGGAGAGAGAGAAUGGUGAGGAGGGCGCUGUUGGUGCUGAGAGUGUGUGGGCUUGUGCUGUGCUUGGUGUCUUUCUCUGUUAUGGUGGCUGAUAAGAACCAGGGCUGGGCUCUUGAUUCCUUCUACCGAUACAGGGAGUUCAGGUACAUAGUAGCGGUGAAUGCGAUCGGAUUUGUGUAUUCGGGGCUGCAAGCUUGCGACGUUUCUUAUUUGUCAGCCACCGGAAAGCGUAUCGCUGGGUUCCAUCUCCGGCAUCACCUGGACUUUUUCCUGGAUCAGGUUAUGAGUUAUCUGCUGUUAUCGGCAUCAUCAUCGGCGGCGACGAGAGUUGAUGACUGGGAAUUGAACUGGGGAGAGGACAAGUUCCCACAGAUGGCAACUGCAUCCGUGGCUCUCUCCAUCCUGGCUUUCAUGGCCUUUGCUCUCUGCUCCAUCAUCUCUGGUUACACGCUUUGUACCCUCCGUUCCUCGUAAUCGAUGAAAACAGAUGAAUGACCUACCUACUUUUGUUUUUCUUUGGUCGGUCAAUUACCUGUGUGCAUGUACUAAAUCUACUUAAUGCAGUUUCGGUGCAAUAUAUGAAUAGUGUAGAUAAGCACGACAGAGGAUUUCACUGUUUGAUCGAAGCAUUGCGAGAGGAAAAGAGUGAAUACGAUCAGCCACUGAAAUUUUGCCUUA